CACGCUGUUGAUGACAGACUGAACGUCGUCUCUACUCCUCGGUUGUGCAGCUUUUUAGCCCUUCAUGCAUGCUUUUCACAGCCGCACGGAAACCGACCGUAACACCCCCGUGGAAGGAUUUAAUGUUUCUUUCGUGUUGGACUAAGUUUCCUGCCCUUUUUUGCAUCUUUUGGGUCGUUUUCGCCCUUUUUUCUUCACACGACAGUUUAUAUUUGAAAAGAUUCAUAAUCAGGACUCACACAGCAGAGAAAACAUGCCGCUAAAUUCAAGUUUGGCGAGUAAAAACUAUGACUACGACUACGACUCUCUCCAGCCGUAUUUCUACUACGACAACGAGGAGGAGGACUUCUACCCUCAGCAGCUUCAGCCUCCGGCACCGAGCGAAGACAUCUGGAAGAAAUUCGAGCUGCUGCCGACCCCUCCUCUCUCCCCGAGCCGCCGGCCGUCCCUGUCAAGUCUCUUCCCCUCUACGGCGGAUCAGCUGGAGAUGGUGACCGAGUUUCUCGGCGACGACGCGGUCAAUCAGAGCAUCAUCUGCGACGCAGACUACUCACAGACCUUCCUGAAGUCCAUCAUCAUCCAGGACUGCAUGUGGAGCGGCUUCUCCGCCGCGGCAAAGCUGGAGAAGGUGGUCUCUGAGCGGCUUGCUUCCCUGCACGCCGCGCGUAAGGAGUCUGCUGCGGCUGGGGAGUGCGCGGAGCCGGCCGGUGCAGCGGCGUGGAGGUUAAAUAGCAGCUACCUGCAAGAUUUGAACACAUCCGCGGCAGAGUGUAUCGAUCCGUCUGUGGUUUUCCCGUACCCAGUGGCAGAGACACCCAAGCAGAGCGCAGGGACGCCGCCUAGUAAGGAUUUGGGGUUGGACACGCCGCCCAACAGCGGGAGCAGCAGCAGCAGUUGUAGUGACUCAGAAGAUGAUGAAGACGAUGAGGAAGAAGAGGAGGAGGACCAGGAGGAGGAGGAAGAGGAAAUUGAUGUGGUCACAGUGGAAAAGAGGCAGGCGGUGAAGCGGUGUGACCCCAGCCCAACCGAAACCAGGCACCCAAGCCCGCUCGUGUUGAAGAGGUGCCACGUCUCCACCCACCAGCACAACUACGCCGCCCAUCCAUCCAUGAGGCACCACGAGCAGCCGGCUGUCAAGAGGCUGAAGCUGGAGAGCAGCAGUAACAGCGGAGGAGGAGGGGGCGGCGGCGGAGGCAGCAGUCACAGCAGGGUCCUCAAACAGAUCAGCAGCAACCGCAAGUGUUCGAGUCCCCGGACGUCCGACACGGAGGACUACGACAAGAGAAGGACUCAUAACGUUCUGGAGCGCCAGAGGAGGAACGAGCUCAAGUUGAGCUUCUUCGCGCUGCGGGAUGAGAUCCCAGAGGUGGCCAACAACGAGAAGGCGGCCAAGGUGGUGAUCCUGAAGAAGGCGACAGAGUGCAUCUACAGCAUGCAGUCGGAUGAACAGAGACUCCUGACAGUGAAAGAGCAGCUGAGGAGGAGAAGUGAACUUUUAAAGCAGAGACUGUCACAGCUGCAAGGCUCACGUGCUUAAAGUUUGAAUCAGAGACUUUUUUUCUGCCUUUUGUUUUUUAUGCAAGUUCAAAACUUAGGGUGUACAGUUGUUGUUGCAUGCAAAUGCAAAGCGGAUUAAGUUGUUUGGAAUCUAGUUUGAUUUCAAUGUUUAAACUGCCUCAAUUGAACGUAUAGGUGGAUUAAAUAUUUAAAAGUUUAUUUUUAUUAAUAAAAUAUUAAAAUGGGGCUACCUUGUUGAGGGCCCGCACUAAAAUAUAAAUUUUUAUGUUUUGUACAUAAUUAAUAUUUCCUAAGAAAAUGUAUUUUCUCAAUUGUCUGGAUGUUCAGACCCAGUGUUUGUUUUUUCCAUUAUGUUCUUCUUUUGUUCUUAUAAAAACAAUGUUACUUGAA